ACAUCUGGCGUCUAUCCUGUCAAUGUCAAUGUCAAAUGAAAGCGGAUAACGUCAAAGUCAAAAUUAUUGAUUGGCGUUUUUAGCGUUUCGUUUGUGUUUUGAAUACGUUUGCGCGUGAAUAAAUCUCCUAAAACAAAAAAUGUUAAUGCCUCCUGUCUUUGUUCUGGUGUCCUCAUGAGCUAGCGGACGGUCAGGUCUAAAGUGACGAAUUUGGUAAAGACCAUGGAGAUGCAGAGUGAUUCCUCGGACCUGGAGGACGAUGACCGGCUGUACAUAGCAGAGACCGGCGCCAGGUUUCCCAAGAAUGUUCCGUUUAGAAGAAUCAGUGCUUUGGUUACGUGUGCCGGUGAGGAUGAUGCAGGGGUGACUACGGAUGCAGGGGUCGCUGUGGAUGCGGGGACCGGAGAGGAGUGGACGUGGUCGGAGCCGCAGCUGCUGAUGAUGUCGGAGCUGGUGGCGGCACACCCCGUGCUGUGGGGACAUGUUAAUAGCAAGGCCACGUGCCCGUGUCCCUCCUCGCGCUGCAAAUCCCGCGCAGACGCGCUGGCGGCGGCGGCGGCGCGGCUGGCGGUGCCCGAGGACCGCCUCACGCAGCGCCUGCAGGACCUCAAGACCAGGUUCUUCGACCUGGUGAAACAGACCCGAGCGAUAACGGCGCCGCGGCGCCCGCACGAGUUCGAUGCCAACCUGGCGCGCGCCGGGGGCUGGGCCGCCGUGCUGAACGCCAUCGUCAAGAGGAAUAGGGGCAAGUGGAGGCCCAAGAGACCUGUGGAGUCUGCCAAGAAGUUGCUGAUGGAAGAGACGAAAGAGACCCUGGAGUUCAAGAGGGCCCUACUCCGCCACAUGUCGGAGCGCAUGCGCGGGGCGGCGGCGGCCGGGGUCACCAUGCUGCAGGGGCUGGCGCGCCAGUACGCGUGCCCGGCCAGGGACAUGCUCACUGUGUGGUUCAAACUCCGCGCCAUAGCCCUGCACAAGCUGCGCGCACAUGUCUCUACUGGGGACGCGGCGCGCGCCCCCUGCCGCCUCGCCGCGCCCGCGCCGCUCGACUGGAAGGUGAUCAAUCUGGUGCUGUGCAGGGAUGCUAAUUAUUGUAUUACUACGCAUGAGUCGACCCGCCUACCCGAACAGCUGCGCUCGCUGAUCUGCCUGUUCCACCUGGUGCAGGCGUGCGGGGCGGAGCGGGGGGGUGAGGAGCGGGGCGGCGGGGAGCGGGGGGGCGAGGCGGAGGCCUGGCUGCAUGUGUACAGCAAGUAUAAGGAGAGCGGUCGCUACAUGACGCUGGUGGGCCUGCAGAAGCGCUGGUGGGAGGUGAAGCGCGCCGCCGCCGCCGCGCUGCUGGCGUAUCACACGCAGCUUCAGGAGAGCAAGAAGACGAAGGAAAAGCCAGCGACGCAUACGCAGCCGCCCUACAUCUACUGUGCCAUCGCCAAGCGCUACCCGCACGUGGUGACGUCGGCGCUGCCGCGCUGGCCCGACCUGGUGGACAGCGGACACGUCAUCGUCUCCAGCUCCAGCUACAAGAAAAAGAUGGGCAUUACUAAGCUGCCUCAGAUCGAGUUUGAAGAAGUGACGGUGUACGGAGACGACCGCGGCCUUGACGCGCAACACACAGAAGAUAUAGAUGACGAUAUAAUCUUAGUAGACAAAGAUAUAGAAACCAUAGUGUUAGAUGACGACGAAGAAACCAAAGAUACAGCAAAACCGGACCCCAACGCCAUAUUCAAACUUAACCCCAUCAGAGAUGACAUUUCUACUAGAAUCAUAUUCGAUUCCGACGGAUCAGAUGACGAUUAUUUCUUCGAUGCUCAAAAUAAUAAACCAACAAGCGAAACCAACAAACCCAAAAAUCCAGAAGAUUUAGAUGAAGAAAUAAGAAAUCUAUCACUGUCCAUACAACAGGACAUUCUAGAAGGCCCACAAAAUGCAAGUGCAUUAACAACUGAAAUAGACAUAAAGCAAGAAAAGGAUCCAGUUAUAGAAUCUCAUUUAGAUAUAGAUAAUAAGGGAAGUAGUGAUGUAGAUAAUGACGCGAAUGAAAGAGAAGUUAGUGAUAAUGUAGUUAGUGAUUCGGUGGAGGAAGAAGAUAAGACUAUAGAGAAUCUAAUAAAUACGACGUGCAGUGAAGUUUUGUCGAAAAUAAAUGAAGUGCGGAUUAAAAAGGAACUGGACGCUGAUGUCCCGGAUACUGUAGCAAAUGCAACAUUUGAAGCCUCCAACAUCAAGAUAGAAUCGUGCACAUCGUUAGACCAAAAACCUUGUUUACCAAUCAUACACAGUGUAUCUAGUCAAAGAGAAGAAAACACGACCAACAUACAUGACAGUGACUCAGAGCCAGAAGAUAUUAAACCAAAUGUGGACCUCAAACUAAUCAUGAUACCUCUAGUGCCACUCAGAAGACUAGACCAGACGGAGAGUUGGAAGAAAUUCAGCCUCAAUAACCAAAUAUUCGCAAGUCUGAUCAACAUGGCGGAAUUCGAACCAAUAAAAAAAAGAAAACGGAAAACCAGACCUAAGGAUUCGUAUGCACCGAAUAAUCUAACAGUAAUGAACGUCGCGACUCAUCCUUUAGAAGCGCCAAGACUAAUCAGACUUAACUCUACGCAAUACAGAAACUAUACACCAAUAUCUUUGUGCAAAAACCCAGAUUUUAACACAAGAUUAAAGCGGCUACCUGUAGGGUUCUUACUCUCCAAUCGAAAUAAGGAUUUAAUGGAGCAAUGUGUCCCGUUGACUGUGGACUUGGACAAGUUGGUGAUAAUACCGAGAUUCUUGUCCAGUAAUGAUGAUGAUGUUAGUAGUGAGGAUGACGUGACGGUGAUGCCCGAAGCGCCGGCGCCGCGAGUGCUGAAGAAGAUCCAGCUGCCGGACAUUGAUGAUGUUAGAAGGAUAAAUAAGGGGAUCCUGACGGCUGAAGUCACGCCCAUAGCGGUGGGCGGCGCGCCGGUCGAGGAGGCGCCGCCGGCGGACCGCGCGGAGGAGAACACCCAGAGGAUCGAGGACUACAACCGGCGGAUCCACUCGCUCAACACAUUGCGCGGUAUACCGGGGCGCAGGUCGCGGUUCCGGCCGUCCCCGCGGCUGCAGUUCACGCGCGCCGGCGACCCCGUGCUGACGCGCCGCGCCGACCAGCAGGUCUUCGACCGCGACCAGGGCUUCUCCAUCAACACCCGCGAAGUGCCGCGGGGGGCGCGCGCCAGGCGGGCCAAGCCCUACUACCAUCUGGCGAUGUCGCGGCAGGGCUGGUGGCGGCCGGAGCGCCCGCCCGGCGUGCUGGACCCCGCGCGCCUGCACGAGGCGCUCAGCACCCUGCAGCGCUCAGCCCCCGACACAACCACCAGGACAACCUACUGCUGCGCGGCGCGCCGCCACCGCGCCGUGAACGACGCGCGCCGCCGCGUGUGCGCCAAGCUGCAGCGCCAGUACGCCGGCGACAAGGACCUGCACACGGUCCCGUGCAAGCGCGUGAACCCCGAAGCCUGCAGCUGCUGCUGCGCCGCGCUGCUGGAGCCGCCGGGCGAGGCCAUCGAGAGGGGCUCCAAGGCCUUGACGAGGGCUAUAAAUCAUAUAUUAGCCGGGACUAGGGGACGGGUGCAGUAUAUGGAUGAAUUAGAAAAAGAGAUACCACAACCAGCUUCAACCUUAGAAGUCAAGCCGACGCCAGACCAGCCACCGGACGCAAUGCCAGCGCCAGCAGAUAAACUGACCGAGAAACCGAAAAGAAAUAGAAUAACAAAGAAGAUGAGAGAAGCACAAGCUCAAAAGGAGAAAGAGGAACAGGAACGGAUAAAUAAUGUAACAUACGAGGGAUGGCUGGAGGAGAGGAACCGAGCCAGCCAGGUGUUCGGAAUCAAACCUAAGAACUACAACACUAAGAGUCUCGCUAGCAAAGAAACAGAAGUAGCUCAAGGUAAAACAAGAGAAGAAGAGUUAGACGAAGCCUUAACACAAGCAGCAAAGCAAGCCAGUAACGACUGUGUCAUGGUACUGUCAGACUCCGAUGAUGAUCCACCGUUGUCGGUAGACAUGGAUAGAACGGAAUUAGAUUCAAAUGACAAAACAAAACAAAAAAAUGCAGCUAAGUCCUUGUUAACGGAAGAGAAUGUAAACGCAAUGCAUCAAGCUACAUUGACACAAAAUGUGCCAGUGAUUCUAGGAAACAGCAGUCCGAUAGAUAUCUCGUCGUCUCCGGAAAACUCUAAUUGUGUUGAGAGUUCUCAAAGUGCGGUUGUGUCCAUCGGGGCCUUGGUCCAAGUGGACCCAUCGGAGGCCAACACAGCCGUCAACACUACGGAGAUACAAAAACAAAUGAUGGGACAAUUGUUAGUCGCCAAUAACAAGGACCAACAGACAAAUGUUGGUGACGGAAAAAGCGGUCAGACAAAGCUACUCCCAGUCCUUCUCCACGCGGACGGGUCAAUAACCCCGUUCGUGGUGGGGCGGCACCCCACGCUGCGCCUGCCGCCCGCUGCCACCGUGCGAGCCGUGCUGCCCCACGGCGCCGCGCAGACGUGUGUGGUGAACCAGCCCGCUACUAUGCCUGCUGAGGUGGCGUCGACGCUGGUGUCGCGCGGGAUCGCCCCCCCGCCCCUGCCCCCUCCCCCGCCCCCGAUGCCGCGCUCGGGGGGAGAGAUCAUCAGGCAGGGAUACGGCGAGUUCGCGUCGCAGUACGCCGCGUACUACGCCCUGACGCUGGCGGCGGCGCGCGGCCUGACCCUCCCCGCGCACAGCUACCUGCAGGGCCGAGACCCCACCUGCAUCGUGCUCACACAGAUGGACACAUCACACCCCAUCUUCCUGCUGGCCGGCGACACGGUGUGCGUGUGCGAGCGCGAGGCGUGGAGCCGCGAGCCGUGGCUGUGGGGCGAGCGCGCGCCCGUCGAGGUUGACCCGGCGUGUCUGGUGAAGGGGAAUUCUGCAGACGGGUCGGGGCUGCUGUCGGCGGCGGCGCCGGCGCGCGUGGCGCUCGGCUCCAAGUUCUACAUGAAGCUGCAGGACAACCCGCUCAUCUACGCACAGGUCCUAACAAUCCUCCCCAACCUGCGCGAGGUCCGGGCCCAACUCCUGGCCGGCCGCGGCGUGUUCCUCGUGUCGCACCGCGGGCGGGAGCGCCUGCAGCGCGCCCCGCGCCGCCGCCGACUGGCGUUGAACUGUAGGAUACAUCGGGAGGCGUUGGCGGCGUUGGUUAGAGGGCUGAAUGCGUUUGUUUCAGCCGAGGAGGAGGCCCUACAGGAGGAGAAGAAGAAAGGCGGCGGCACGGUCCCCACGCCCACCGCCCAGCGCGGCGCCAUCGCGCUCAACCCCAACGCACGGGACGACGUGAGGACCGGGCAUAAAGCAGACGACACCGUCGUGGUCAUAGACAGCGAUCUAGACGAUGAUACAGAGGACACUACAGCUGCUAGCAAUGAUGGUGAAGAAGAUGUACCGACGGCUAGCGAUGAAACAGAAGCAGUGACACCGGCUGCUAGCGCUGAAGUAGCACCGCAGCCUAACAAAAGUAAAGCAGAAAAUAAAGAACCAACAUCAACCUCUAAAUCCUCUACAAAUUUGGUAUUUAAGGUGACUUCCAGCGAUGGAGUAUCCGCAAAACUUAGUAAGAGUAAAGCAGAAAUUAAAGAACCAACGUCAACUUCUAAAAAAUUGUCAUUUAAGGUAACAGCUGGCGAUGGAGUAUCUGCAAAGCUUAGUAACAGUAAAACAGAAUUGAAAGUACCAACCCUUAUAAGCUUAUUAAAACGGACCACUACCAACGACACAGAAGCAAACACACCGACUGGCAGCACAGAACUAGCAGCGCAGCCCACCGCCAGUCAAGUAGAAGUGAACGUAGUUACACCGACCUUCAAAAGGAGUUUAUUGAAACCUACAGCAAAUGUAGCUAUAAAACAACUGCACAAAAACCCGCGGCGUUUCGGAGAUACCGUAGUGGUGGACGGAACCCCGGCGACCAGCGGCCAGCGGCCCAGGAAAAGGCCGAAUAUCUUGGGUAGACCUACCGAAGAAAAAGGGCAGUUCAAGAAAAUCCGUCUGACAAAAAUAGAUGAGGAAACAAACCGAACGAUAGUACUUAUACCUGCUGAACAAUUCACGGAUAAUACAACAUAUAUUGUUGAUACAGUUAAUAGUCAAGAUGAUGCAGUAAACGCUAUACCUACUAGCCAAACUGAAGGACCAGUAGUGACUGAAACAGUCAGUGGCGAAAACGUAGGCAGUGUCACGAAAUUAGAAAAUCAACAAGUGACGAUGAUGAUUGAACCGGUGAACUCUGAAGACGAACAAGACUAUGAUGAUGAAGUAGAAGCGAGUCCGGCGAACGAAGCAGAUCAUGACGCAGUUAUAGAAGAUACAGUAGAUGAAACAGUCAGUGAAGAUGUAGUUGAUGAGAUUGAUGAGGUUGCUGAGCCGGUGGCGAGCGCUGAUGAUGAUGGUGACGACGCAAUAUUGGGAUUAUAG